AGUACAUUAAGCAUCGAUACGGUUGUGGAACAGUCAGUCAUGGAUGCGGAUGAUCUUUUUGAUGUGUUUACUGAGGCGCCUACUGCUGUGCCUACAGUAGUGGCCAGUGAAGAAAAAGAAAAACAAAAAGAAAAAGGACAGGGGCAAGGUAAUGGAACAUCUAAGAAGAGACAAGUAGAGGAAGAUUCAUCAUCGGUAGAACCUAUAGAGAAGAAGAAGAAAACCAAGAGUGAAAAGCCAGAAAUUAAACCAGUUGUAUUUGAUUCAGUUGAAAUUGAAACAUCAAGAGAAGUGGCAGUUUCUGAUGGCUUAUUAGAAUCAUCAUCUAGUGAAAAACCUGAAGGUGGACAAUUAAAAUUAAGACAUCAAGUUAGACAUCAAGUUGCUGUUCCACCUGAUUUUCCUUAUGUACCUAUUGGAGAACAUAAAAGACAAAAUGAAGCUAGAACUUAUCCAUUUGUAUUAGAUCCUUUUCAAGAUACGGCUAUUUCAUGUAUUGAUAGAAAUGAAUCAGUAUUAGUUUCUGCUCAUACAUCAGCUGGUAAAACUGUUGUAGCCGAAUAUGCUGUUGCACAAUCUUUAAGAGAAAAACAAAGAGUCAUAUAUACUUCACCAAUUAAAGCUUUAAGUAAUCAAAAAUAUCGUGAAUUACUUGCAGAAUUUGGUGAUGUUGGUUUAAUGACUGGUGAUGUAACAAUUAAUCCUGAUGCCGGAUGUUUAGUUAUGACUACAGAAAUUUUAAGAAGUAUGUUAUAUAGAGGUUCAGAAAUUAUGAGAGAAGUUGCUUGGGUUAUAUUUGAUGAAGUUCAUUAUAUGAGAGAUAAAUCAAGAGGUGUUGUUUGGGAAGAAACUAUUAUUUUACUUCCUGAUAAAGUUCAUUAUGUAUUCCUUUCUGCUACAAUUCCUAAUGCUAUGGAAUUUGCUGAAUGGAUUGUAAAAAUUCAUGCUCAACCUUGUCAUGUUGUUUAUACUGAUUUCCGUCCAACUCCAUUACAACAUUAUUUAUUCCCUGCUGCUGGUGAUGGAAUUCAUUUAGUAGUUGAUGAAAAGGGAACUUUUAGAGAAGAAAAUUUUCAAAAGGCUAUGGCAUCUAUAAGUGAUAAUAUUGGUGAUGAUCCAAGUUCAGGAGAUAAAUCAAAGGGUAAAAAGGGUCAAACUUAUAAAGGAGGAGCUAAAGAUGGUAAAUCAGAUAUUUAUAAAAUUAUUAAAAUGAUUUAUAUGAAAAGAUUUAAUCCAGUUAUUGUUUUUUCAUUUUCUAAAAGAGAUUGUGAAUCUUUAGCAUUAAAAAUGUCUAAAUUAGAUUUUAAUUCUGAUGAUGAAAGAGAUGCUUUAACUAAAAUUUUUAAUAAUGCCGUUAAUUUAUUACCUGAAAAUGAUAAAGAAUUACCUCAAAUUAAAAAUAUUUUACCAUUAUUAAGAAGAGGUAUUGGUAUUCAUCAUUCUGGUUUAUUACCAAUUUUAAAAGAAAUUAUUGAAAUUUUAUUUCAAGAAGGUUUAUUAAAAGUAUUAUUUGCUACCGAAACUUUUUCAAUUGGUUUAAAUAUGCCUGCUAAAACUGUUGUUUUUACAUCAGUUCGUAAAUGGGAUGGAGUAGGAUUUAGAUGGGUAUCAGGUGGUGAAUAUAUUCAAAUGUCUGGUAGAGCUGGACGUCGUGGUUUAGAUGCUCGUGGGAUUGUUAUUAUGAUGAUUGAUGAAAAAAUGGAACCUCAAGUUGCCAAAGGUAUGGUUAAAGGUCAAGCUGAUAGAUUAGAUUCUGCCUUUCAUUUAGGUUAUAAUAUGAUUCUUAAUCUUAUGAGAGUUGAAGGUAUUUCACCUGAAUUUAUGUUAGAAAGUUCAUUUUAUCAAUUUCAAAAUGCUGCUUCAGUACCAGUUAUGGAAAAGAAUUUACAACAAUUAUCUAAUGAAUUAAAUAAUAUUCAAAUAGAUGAUGAAGCAACUGUUAAAGAUUAUUAUGAUGUUAAAUUACAAUCAGAAAAGUAUCAAGAAGAAGUUAGACAUGUUAUAACUCAUCCUGGUCAUAUAUUACCAUUUUUACAAGAAGGUAGAGUUAUAAAAGUUAAAAUUGGUGAAUUAGAUUAUGGUUGGGGUAUGGUAACUGGAUUUUCUAAAAGAUCUAAUAAGAGAACUCCAUCACAAAAUUUUAGUGAUCAUGAAGCAUAUAUUGUUAAUGUAUUCAUUUAUUCAAUGUUUAUUGAUUCUCCAAUUAAUUUAAUUAAACCAUUUAAUCCAAUAUUACCAGAAGGUAUUAGACCAUCAAAAAUUGGAGAGAAAUCUCGAGCAGAAUAUAUUCCAAUAACGCUUGAUUCAAUUGAAAAAAUUAGUAGUGUUAGAUUAAGAGUUCCUGAUGAUUUAAAAUCUUCAGCUGCGAAGAAAACUUUAUUAAAAACUAUGAAAGAUUUACCUAAAAGAUUACCUGAUGGAAUUCCAUUAUUAGAUCCAGUUGAAAGUAUGAAAAUUGAUGAUCAACAAUUUAAAGGUACAUUAAGAAAAAUUGAAGUAUUAGAAUCUAAAUUAUUAAGUAAUCCAUUACAUGAUUCAAUUAGAUUAAAAGAUUUAUAUGAAAAGUAUAGUGAAAAAGUUAAAAUUGAACAAAAGAUUAAACAAUUAAAGGAUAAAAUAUUAGAAGCUCAAGCAGUUAUUCAAUUAGAUGAUUUAAGACAUAGAAGAAGAGUAUUAAGAAGAUUAGGAUUUACUACCCAAAAUGAUAUAAUUGAAUUAAAAGGUCGAGUUGCUUGUGAAAUUAGUUCAGGAGAUGAAUUAUUAUUAACUGAAUUAAUAUUUAAUGGUACAUUUAAUGAUUUAAGUAGUGAACAAUGUGCUGCAUUAUUAUCAUGUUUUGUUUUCCAAGAGAAAGCUAAAGAAGUUCCAAGACUUAAACCAGAAUUAGCUGAACCAUUAAAAUCUAUGCAAGAAAUGGCUACAAAAUUAGCUAAAGUUUAUAAAGAAUCUAAAUUAGAAAUUGUUGAAAAGGAUUAUGUUGAAAGUUUCCGACCUGAAUUAAUGGAAGUAACUUAUGCUUGGUGUAAAGGGGCGACAUUUACACAAAUUUGUAAAAUGACAGAUGUAUAUGAAGGUUCACUUAUUAGAAUGUUUAAGAGGUUAGAAGAAUUAAUUCGUCAAUUAGUUUCGGCUGCGAAAACUAUUGGUAAUAGUCAAUUAGAAGAGAAAAUGGAGAAGGCUAUAGAACUUGUUCAUAGAGAUAUCGUAUCUGCGGGAUCUUUAUAUUUGUGAAAUAUGUGUAUAGAUAUACUGUAUAUAGUAUGAUGUAUAACCACUUACUAUGUAUAACCACUUACUAUAUACACUUGUACUAUGUAAACUUGUACUAUAUACACUUAAAUAGAAUUACUAGUAAG